CAUUGUGGUGCCGCACGUGCCACUGGAAAGCUUGUACGCGAUCGUGAGAAUGUGAAUUUAAUCCCAACGAUAAGUGAUUUUCUUCGGGCGCAAAAUGGCUAGAACAGUCGAAUGGAUGCUGCAAGUGACGUUGAUGGUGCUAGCAGUUUGGUCGAAUGUUAUUGGUACGGCGGCGGCCGGUGCUAUUGGAGCUAGGAAGCCACGGGGUUUGCCCGGAUUCGCAAUCACCAGUCGAGACCGGAGAUUUCUCCCCAUCUUCACAUUAUACCAGUGGGGUCAAGGAUUGUGCUCGGCAUCUUCGGGAGAGUACGGCUCAUGCCAGCCGAAUAACGAAUGCAGCUUAAGAGGUGGCAUCCCUGCAGGCCCAUGUGCUGGAGGUUAUGGCACAUGCUGCAUAUUUAUGGCUUCCUGUGGGGGAGUGGCUCGCGAAAACGGGACCUAUUUCGUGAAUCCUAAUCAUCCGGAUACGACGGAUGGAACGGGGAGCUGCCAACUGACAGUUCUCAAGAUGCAUCCCGACAUCUGCCAGAUCCGGCUGGACCUGGACCAAUUCUCCAUUAGUGGGCCGGAAACUGUCAAUCACAUCUGCAACAAUGAUCAGUUCCUCGUUUCCGGAGGUAGUCCUGCACCCACUAUUUGCGGUUCGUCUAAUGGAGAUCAUAUGUAUGUCGACGCAGGUAUGGGACAGAGUAAUCCCAUCAUACUGACGGUAAUCACGAGUGGUCCCAGCUAUCCACGUUCAUGGAGAAUCCGAAUCUCACAAAUACCUUGCAGUACCGUUUCCAAGGCAGAGCAAGGAUGUUUGCAAUACUUCACAGGCGUUAGUGGAAGGAUAAAAAGUUUUAAUUUCGACACUACCAGUGGCCGACAAUUGUCGAAUCAGGAUUACAGUCUGUGUAUCCGAACCGAACGAAACUUUUGCAGUAUACAAUAUACGGCCUGCCCGGAUACGGGUCGAAAUCGAUCCCGGACUUUCACGCUGUCCGGUAACUCCAAUAGUGCUGUCCAGGCGAUGAUUGGAGGCGGCACUCAGGGUACUCCGAAUUCCUGCACCAACGAUUGGCUGAUGAUCCCUUGUGCGAAGGUAGCGGAUCGAUUACCAAUGGCCAGUACCUGUGAAGAUAAAAUCUGUGGAGGAACGUUUAACGCAGAGGUUAGUUCCAGCGAAAGGACAGUUGUGUCUACGAUACGACCCUUUCGACUGGCCUUCCACACGGAUUCAGUCGAAUCACCAACCGAUGUUGAUAAUAGGGGAUUCUGUUUGGAUUAUGUCCAACAACCUUGUACCAGUAAUUGAAUUAUGUAAU